CGUCAUAUAAUCGCCGAUAGGUGACAGAAAUUAGAUUUACUUUACGAUACGAGCAGUUGUGUCCCAGGGUCUACCAUUGUGUUUGUUCUCGUGCCGAAGCCGAAGAACGUUUUCCAAGCUCUGGACUACAUCGAGGAAGAGCUCGUGGAGAGAUGGGCGUGGACUGGGCGGCGAUGGAGAUGGUCUUCUCGCUGGAAUUCUGGCGGAUGGCCGUUGUUUGGACCCUCUCGCUCCUCUUCUCCUACUUCCAACUCCUCCGCCUGUCCCCGUCCUUCCCUCGCCGCCGCUUCACCCCUGAGCCGGCCUCCAAGGUCAAGCGCCCCAUAUGCGUCGUAACCGGCGCGACGUCGGGAUUGGGCGCGGCCGCGGCGAAAGCCCUAGCCGGCGAAGGCUAUCACGUUGUUCUAGCUGGGCGUUGCCCUCAACUUCUAUCUAAGAUCAUUGAAGAGAUCAAGCAGCAACAUGGAGAUGCCCAUCUAAAUGCAUUUCAGGUUGACUUGUCAUCCAUUCAUUCCAUUAUGAAGUUUGAAAGUUCUUUAAAGCAGUGGCUUUUGGAUUCCUAUCUGCAUCCUUCAAUACAACUCCUGAUAAAUAAUGCUGGAAUGUUAGCAAAAUCACUUCGAGUUACUGCUGAUGGAUUUGACCAGAUGUUGGAGACAAACUACAUUGGAGCAUUUGCUUUGACCAAUCUUCUUAUGCCACUACUCAAGAGCAGCCCUGUGCCCUCUCGGAUAGUUAAUGUGACAUCUUUUACACAUCGAUGUGCAUCUGAUGUUGGUGUUGAUAAGGAAACACUGGCUAGGAAAAAUCUCUGUUGCUUGUCAACCUCAAAAAGGUAUCCUUUGGCUGCUACUUAUGAGUAUUCAAAACUGUGCUUACUGUUAUUCUCAUAUGAGCUACAUCGGCAGCUUUGCGUGAUGGAUCCAACUUCUACCGUCUCUGUCAUCCCUGCAGAUCCUGGAGUAGUAGAAACCAACAUCAUGCGGGAACUUCCUCCAUGUCUCUCCCAACUAGCUUUUAUGGUUCUUAGAUUCCUGCAUCUUUUGCAAUCUCCUGAAUGUGGAGUUGGCUCUAUUCUUGAUGCAGCCUUGGCACCACCUGAGGCUUCAGGGAAGUAUUUCUUUGGCGGGAAGGGCAGGACAAUCAAGUCCUCUUCGCUUUCCUACGAUGCGAGACUUGCAGAGAGACUGUGGUCAGCUUCUUUAAUGCUGCUUCAAGAAGCAAAAUGCCGAGUGCCUGAAUCAGCAAACACUUGAUGAAAUUUACGGACAUUCAGGUUUUCAUGGAGGAUGCUUCUAAUCAUGUAGUCAAAUCAACCACAAUAUCGUGUGUUCAUGGCUUUAGUUUCUAAGUGUCGAAUGAACGCUUAUAUGGGUGUUCAUAAUAAGCAUUCAUCAUAUUCCUUUCUCCCUCUCUCUUUUGUCAUGAUCAACAAUGCAGAAGGCAAGGCAUGUUCUGUUACCGCA